AUGGAAUCCUCAACUUCAAACUUCGACUCUGAUAUCACUCAGAAUAUGCAGAUAAUCGAUUUUGGCACUGAUUCUCUAUCGGAGGGUUUAUUCCAAUUCAUCACGUCCAAAUCGCAACAAACUUCUCAAAAUCAACGUCAACUACAAGAUGUUAAAUGCAAACUGAAGGAAGUGGAGGAUGAAUUGGUUCAAGUACUCGCAGAAAAGACACGCAAGGAGGCCAAGAAAAUGGCUUUGAUGAAUGCUAUUGCGACUGCGAAGGCCGGAGUUGGAAUCCUCAACACAAGUAUUCAGGAGGUUCGUGCCAGGAAACAAGAGUAUACCGCAAUUCUAUCUCAACAGUCUUUUGGAAAAAUGUUAUGUACUAUUAUAAGCUAUCCUCUCACCUUCCAUCUCUUCUCUUUUCAUUUAUAUGAAGCUUUGGAAGCUUUUGAGGGGAAGUUAAAUGAGAGCAUUGAGCAUACAAAUGAAACACGGGAAGCCAUCUCUUGGUAUAACAGAGUACUUGGUUUUCAUGUCAAAGGAGGACGUGGGGUAAAGUUCACAUUCAAGAAUAUAAAUUUGAAGAAUCCAAACGAAGAGUAUACUUUUGUCGUCUUACAUGAUAAGAAUACUUACUCAUUGUUAAGUUGCGAACCUCCCCUUGAAAGUAUUGAAGAGUUGGUCGAUGAAUUAAACAAGACAGAUGGUCUGUUUAAGUUUGUAAAAGCAAUGCGGAAAAAAUUUCAAGAAACAUCGGUGCAAGGGAGCUUGGUUCUAACAACAGUUGAACCUGGUGAAUCUGCCUUUAUCACUUCAUCUGCUCCCGGUACAUCCAUUAGAGGUGAUUCUACAACCACAGAAAAUGAUCAACAAGUGGAACUCUCUGAUGGUAGUGCACAAUUAAAGAAAAAAAACAAUCGCAGAAGGAAAAGUUUAGCACUUUUAUCUCCUGAUUCUGCUUCUUCUGUUCGCAAGUCUCCACGUUUGAAGGUUAGGAAAUAA